AUGAUGCGGCGCCUCGGACAUGUAAACCUGACGGCGGCGGCGGCGGCGUUGGUGGCGUCGGCCGGCGGUCGCCUUCAUCGACAGCCAGUUGGCCUCCGUUGGCAGUCGUCGUCGGCGGCGGCCCCAGCGGCUCCUGCGAAGGGGGCGCCGCAGCGGAAACCACCGGCCGCCGCCCACGACUUCAAGGGCUCUAUUUUGAGGAACCGCAUUUGGGAGACGCACCCGGCGGGUGAGCAUGUCACCGUCUACGUGGACUCUGGCGUGUACGCCUGGAUUGUCAUGGACCGGGCCGGCUCCAGCGCCAACGCCCUGGGCGAUGCCUUCGUGAAUUGCAUGCAAAAGGCCAUGGACAUUGUCGAAAAGCUCAUGCUCGAAAAAAAGGCUCGUGUGGCCAUCGUCGCAAGUGCCAAGUCAAGCUUUUGCGUGGGGGCGGAUCUGGAGGUGCUUUACCCAAUUACGGAUAAGCAGCUGGCGGCCGAGGCAACCCGCGUGGGCCAUGCGCUUUUUGACCGCAUUGAGAAGGAGCCAUUUCCGGUUGUGGCGGCGAUUAAUGGCUUUGCCUUGGGAGGCGGCUUCGAGCUGUCGCUGGCCUGCCAUCAUCGUCUCUUGGCGUCGGACGGCUCGGUGGGGCUGCCGGAGUGCUUGUUGGGCGUCCUUCCUGGCGCGGGCGGCACGGUGCGUCUGCAGCGUCUCGUUGGCCUGGCGACGGCGGUGGAGUGGAUCAUGACAAGUGCACCUGCGAGGGCGCCAAAGGCAAAGCGGGCGGGUGCCGUGAAUGCGGUUCUCCCGGCGGAAGACCGCUGGAGCGGUGAGGACCGCUUCUUCAAUCAGGUACGGCAAUGGGCCGGUGCUUUGGUGGAUAAGCCGCUGAAGCCGGCGCGGGGCAAAAAGCUCACCCUCGUGGAGCGUCUCCUGCAGAGCACAACGGCUGGGCGCAGGAUCAUUGCUAAAAAGACGAUUGAAUCACUGAAUGCGAAGACAAAGGGGAAGUACGUUGCACAGUACAAGGCAUUGGAGGUUUUGUUGUAUUCCGCCACGCACUCCAACGUGGAGGGGUUUGCGCGGGAGAGCGAAGUCUUCAGUGAGCUCCUGGUCACUCCAGAUGCUAAAAAUCUGAUGGCCCUAUAUUUUAUUGAGGAUGGAAUGAAAAAGAGUGAACUUAAAACGGGGAUUCCAAAGGACAAGCUGCCUCCCGUGCGAACGGUGGGCGUCAUCGGUGCAGGCGUCAUGGGGUCUGGCAUUGUGCACCACUUUGCCAACAAGGCUAUUCCUGUUGCUGUGAACGACCUCAAGCCGGAGGCGGUGGAGAAGGGCAUUGCGAUGGUGCGUGGGGAGUUUGAGAAGGCGGCUAAGCGAAAGAAGCUGACUCCUGCCGCCGUGGAGGCGAAAAUGCAACUUGUCAAGGGUGGGACCUCGAGCGGCGUCUUGCAGGGCGCGGACGUGAUUGUGGAGGCCGCGGUGGAGGUGAUGGACAUUAAAAAGAAGAUCAUUCGGGAGUUGGAGAAGGAAGGGUGCCUCAAUGGCAAGAAUUUGUUUGCCACAAAUACCUCGUCGCUCAGCUUGACGGAGAUGCAGAAGGACGCCAAGUAUCCGGCGAACAUUGUGGGGAUGCACUUCUUCAACCCCGUCUCCAAAAUGCCCCUGGUGGAGGUUAUUAAGGGCAAACACACCUCUAAGGAGGCGGCUGCCGUUAUCUUUGACUUGGCCCUGCGGACGGGAAAGAAACCCAUUAUUGUGAAUGACGCCCCAGGGUUUGUCGUGAAUCGCAUUCUCGGCGUGUACAUGGCCGAAGCCGGCCGCCUCGCCGCGGUCGACAAGGUUGACCUCUCUCAAAUCGACAAAGCCAUACUUGACUUUGGGAUGCCCAUGGGGCCGUUUCGCCUCCUGGACGAGGUCGGCCUCGACGUCGCCUGCCACGUGGGGCCCAUUCUCACCGCGGGAAUCCACCCGAGUCGCUUUGGCAUCGGCUCGGAGAUUCAGCAAAUGACGAGGGAUGGCUACCUUGGCAAGAAGAACGGCAAGGGAUUCUACCGCUACGACGCCAAAGGCAAGGAGACCGGCAUGAAUACGGAGGUGACGCGGCACUACUUCCCACAAUCUUCCCGCAAUAAGCCGGCGGGCGAGAUUGUCGACCGCUGCGUUCUAUUGAUGGUGAAUGAGGCCGGCUACAUCCUGCAAGAAAAGGUGGCCGCAACCCCGGAGGACGUGGAUAUUGGCAUGAUCUGGGGGACGGGCUUUCCGCCGUUUCGGGGCGGACUCCUGCAGCACGCCGACCACCGCGGCCUGCCCGCAGUUGUGGAUCGGCUUCGCCAGCUGCAAGACGCCCUCGGCGACGAUCGGUUUGCGCCCUGCCCUCUCCUGCAGUCGAUGGCGAAGGACGGCAAACGGUUUUUCCCAAAUAGGCCCUUUGUGCCGUACCGGGAGCGCGCUGGGUUUCCCAAGGUGCAUUUCUCGUAG